CUAUUUUUUUAAAUUUGCUUGUAAAUAGAUUUGGACGAUUUUAUCUUCCAAAUUAUUAUGUAACAAAUAUUUUAAUUGUCAUGCAAAUUGCAUAUUCCGAUUUUCCGAAAUUUUUAUACAAACUUCAAACUCGUCGAUUCUCUGCUUUCGAGCGGAAGUGACUUUCUCUUGUUUAUAAUUACAAUGUAUGACUAAUAGAAACGUGUUGCAUAAUUUCGGAGCAUCUUGUAGAGCGAUAAACACAAGAUACCGGCAUCAUAUGAACAACAGAUUGCGAAUUCAAGGGCGUGUACGCGCAUACGACGUGCGAUAAAACGUGUGUUUUCGUCUCUCGCUAUGUCGCUCCGCUCCUAGCUUCCAUCGAGACGCCUAUUAUCCUUACCUUUUGCGUCCAAAUACGAAGGAAAGAUGGGCCAAAGCGUUUCCAGAACCGACUUCGAAUGGGUUUAUACGGAGGAGCCGCACGCCACGCGGCGCAAAUUAAUCUUAGAGAAAUAUCCACAGAUAAAAAAAUUGUUUGGGUACGAUCCGAACUUUAAAUGGGUUGUAAUUGGGAUGGUAUUAGUGCAGUUCCUGUCGUUGUUCAUUGUCAAGGAUUUAAGUUAUCCAAAAAUUUUGAUAUUAGCAUAUUGUUUCGGCGGUGUAAUAAAUCAUUCGCUUAUGCUUGCGAUACAUGAAAUUUCUCACAAUCUUGCCUUUGGACAUGCCAGACCCAUGGCUAAUCGACUGUUUGGCUUUUUUGCAAAUUUGCCAAUAGGAAUACCAGUAUCUAUUAGUUUUAAAAAAUAUCAUCUUGAGCAUCAUCGUUAUCAGGGUGAUGAGAAAUUAGAUACAGAUUUACCAACUUUAUUAGAGGCUAAAUUAUUCAGUACAACCUUUGGGAAGUUUUGUUGGGUAAUGUUGCAACCAUUCUUCUAUGCAUUUCGACCUCUUGUAACUUAUCCAAAGGUUCCAAGUUUUCUGGAAUAUGUUAAUUUAGUUAUACAAUUGAUAUUCGAUGCUUGUGUGUGGUAUUUUUUCGGUGGUAAAGUAUUGUUUUACUUGCUUAUUGGCGCAUUUAUGGCAAUGGGAUUGCAUCCUGUAGCAGGACAUUUUAUAUCGGAACAUUAUAUGUAUAAAAAAGGUUUUGAAACAUAUAGUUACUAUGGACCCUUAAACUUCAUUACUUUCAACGUUGGAUAUCACAAUGAGCAUCAUGACUUUCCUGCAGUGCCUGGUUCGAGAUUGCCAGAAGUGAAACGUAUAGCUUCAGAAUUUUACGACAAAUUACCACAUCAUAAUUCGUGGGUUUCUGUUCUGUACGAUUUCGUGAUGGAUCCUGAAAUUGGGCCAUAUGCAAGAAUGAAGAGAAGGCAUCGUGGAUUAGAUCAAUAAAUUUAAUUUUUCUCAAAUUUUUCUAAAAAAUUGAUAUAUAAUUAUAUAAAACUUAUAUUUACAUUAUUAAUUCUAUUACUAUGAAAAAUUGUACAUUUAUUGGGGAAUAUAAUCUAGAAAUAUGCUUUAUCAUUGGAACAAAACAACGUAUGUCGGAAAAUAUGAUAGCGUAUUUUCCUAUGUUGUAAAUACAGGAGAGAUUAGGGAUGAUAUUAUGGCAAAUAUCUCUUCAAUAUUAUCAAGUAUAUCUUAUCAAGUUAUGUUUUAUAAGUUUUUGUUUUCUGGACUCUAGUCAUAAUAACAACAGUUUUUGAUUCAUUAUUUUUUUCAAUUAGCACAAUAAAGAAAAUAAGAUUUAUUUUCAAUUCUUUCUCGAUAAUUAUAGCUACUAUAAUAAUUCACUUCUUCCUUCUAAUGUUCUCUUGUUAAUUCUAAAAUAAUUAAAAAUAUCUAUUUCUGGAACUUGAUAUUCAGAUAAAUAUUUUUAAUUUUAGUUUGAAUUUAACAAAGAUUGAAUUCAAUUGCUUCUAGAACAAUCUAACUCGUGUCAAAAGUGUUUUAUAUCUCAUUUGCUAUUUUGAUAGCGAAUUUAUAAUGUAAAGCUAUUCUAUACUUAUUUACAUAAGUAUAUAUAUAAUGUAACUUUUUUGGAUUGCUGAUGACAUUGUCAUUAAAAACUCAGGUCAUAUUAAAAAAAGUGCAUGAUGGUAUAUUACGCUGUAUGUGUAUAAUACAAAAUUGUACAUAUUGUGUUUUAAUGAAAUGCAUAUUGAUAUAAA